CCAGCCGCCACCGGAAGCGCCGGCCUCACUUCCGGCCCGAGGCCACGCCCCCGGAAGCGGCGCGUGGGUUCGAAAGGCGCGCGCAGUGCCGAGGCCUGGAACCCAAGGGCACCGUGUGCGCCUCAAGGCUCUACAGCGAGUCCUCCUGGGCAUGAAGAAACGCGGCUUCGGGGGCAAAGUCAAGAAGGAGAGACCGUCGAAGACGGGGCCAAGAGAGAGCUGCAGGAAGAAAGCGGUCUGACCGUGGACGCACUGCACAAGGUGGGCCAGAUCACGUUUGAGUUUGUGGGUGACCCCGAGCUGAUGGACGUGCACGUCUUCUGCACAGACAGUGUCCAGGGCACGCCCGUGGAGAGCGACGAGAUGCGCCCGCAGUGGUUCCGGCUGGACCAGAUCCCCUUCGCGGACAUGUGGCCAGACGACAGCUACUGGUUCCCGCUGCUGCUUCAGAGAAAGAAGUUCCGAGGCUACUUCAGGUUCCAGGGGCAGGACACCAUCCUGGACUACACACUCCGUGAGGUGGACGCCAUCUAGGGCAGAGCCGGCCUGCCCCUUGGACCCCGAGAGCCCUGCCUGGCCGCGCCCUGGCCUCGGGCCCCCCGCCCUGGCCUCAGCCCCCCGCCCCUGAGGCCUCGGGCCCCCCGCCACUGGGGCCUCAUCUGGAGCAUGACUGAAUGGAAGAGCAGAUGAAGCUUUCCCAACACUUCCCCUCAGGCCUCCCCGUGACCUGCCCAGCCUGUCCCCGGGAAGCCGCCAGACGUGCCGGGCUGUGACCUGCAUCACCGGACAGGGAUGGGCAGAGACACAGGCCCAAAGGCGAGGGGCUGGCCGACACGGGAGGCCGCGUGGAUGUGUGCGGGGUCCCGAGGUGUGCCAGGGGCCAUCUCCUCCCCUCCCCCCGCAGGUAAGGGGAAACAGCGGCGGUCAGUGCCCAGGGCUCACACCUCGUCUCAUCUGCCAUCAGCUGGCCGCCCUCCCGCCCCCAACACCGGCUGCUCCCGUCCUGGCUUCAGACCCCUGGGGGGCACGGGAGGUCAUCCACCUAUCACACACAGACUCACGGCCUGACACAGCUUUUAUAAAUAGUUUAAUGAUCGUUGUUCCCAUAAGUUCACUGAUAAAAAUCUCAGAAUGUAA